AUGGCGGAAAGUCUCCAAUUGGGCCCGCUGUUCGAAGCCCUCCAGGUCUACGAUCCACACGAUGAAGAGGUUACUUUGGACGGCAUCAUAUGGCACCUGCAAUGCAUUGAGAUGCUGGAUCGGGCAGAGGAGCUUCUCGGCGCGCAGCGACUCCUCAUCUUCGCUGUACUGGGCUGGCGCUCGAUGCUCUUCCUAGCUGCUUUCAACGUCUGCUCCCUGGGUCACCUAUCCAUCCGCCAGGACUCAUGCCAGCCGCAGUCUGGGCAUGUUUUCGACGAGUACAUACAGCCAGCCGGCUACGUCUCUUCUCUCCCUCUGGCAAUUCUUCUAAAAGCAUACGGAAAUCUCAUCCCCUCCGGCUCAUCAUCUUCGACACAGGUCGCCUCGGAGAAAAGCAAGGCCUCGUCUUCCUGGCUACCCCUAUACCCCAAAGAAACAAACGCCUACCUCCUCCAGACCCUUCUCCGCGUCCGUAUCCGCUGGGUCGACACCUUAGCCCUCCACCUCGACUACGACAAGUCCAGCAAAACGCUGUCGAUAUUCGCCUACCCCUCCUUCUGCCUAUCCACGCUCCACGCAGGCGGACUGCUCUACUCUUUCGCAAGCAUCGACCACGGCGACGCCAACCCAGACGAUAUCUCCCAAUUACUGCGGGAGGUCCUGCUCUCCUACCGACUUCUCUUCGGCCAGUCCGGCCCAUCUCGGAAACUCUUCCGUCGCCACCUUACUCCCUCCGACAUCCCGCCCUGCGAAAUGGACCCUCUCCUCCCUCUCCUUUGCACCAACGCCCAACUCCCAUAUUUCUCUCCCGAUAUGCCACCCGAUCGACCCAUCUACUUCGCGGCCAGAGACUUCCCAGUAUACAGCGAGAGAAUCGAGCUGAUACGCAAGGAGCUAAGAGACGCGCGGCCAAAGUCGCUCGCUGACCAGGUCCGCGACAAGCGAGACACGCUGCAGUAUUGGACUUUUUGGCUGGUCGCUAUCUUCGGGGGCUUGGGGCUGGUGUUGAGUCUUGUGCAGGUUAUUCAGCAGGGUAUACAGCUGAGUAUGGGAUGA